AUGCGGGUCACCAUGAGGAGGGUGUUGCUGGUGGUGGGCUCGGUGGUCGCCCUGAUGGUGACUCUGCACCUUGGCCAGCAGGUCCUGGAGUGCCAGCAGGUCCUGAGCGAGAGGAGGCACAGGCUGAUGAGACCUGAGAACGAGGAGCUGGUCAUGAUGGACUCCAACCACGUCGAGUACCGUUACAGCAAGGAGAUGCCACUGAUAUUCAUCGGCGGGGUCCCACGGAGCGGCACAACGCUGAUGAGGGCCAUGCUCGAUGCCCACCCUGAGGUGCGCUGCGGAGAGGAGACCCGCAUCAUCCCCCGUGUGCUGGCGAUGCGGCAGGCCUGGUCCAAAUCGGGGCGAGAGAAGAUGCGCUUGGACGAAGCGGGCGUGACGGACCAGGUUUUGGACGCCGCUAUGCAGGCCUUCAUACUGGAAGUGAUUGCCAAGCACGGCGAGCCAGCCAGGUAUUUGUGUAACAAGGAUCCCUUCACGCUGAAGUCCUCUGUCUACCUGUCCAGGCUGUUCCCCAAUUCCAAAUUCCUCCUGAUGGUUCGAGACGGCCGGGCUUCGGUCCACUCCAUGAUCACGCGGAAAGUGACGAUCGCGGGCUUCGACCUGAACAGCUACCGAGACUGCCUGACCAAGUGGAACAAAGCCAUCGAGGUGAUGUACUCGCAGUGCUUGGAGAUCGGGCGGUCCCGGUGCCUGCCCGUCUACUACGAGCAGCUGGUGCUGCACCCCGAGCAGUCCAUGCACGCCAUCAUGAAGUUCCUGGACAUCUCCUGGAGCGACACGGUGCUGCACCACGAGGAGCUGAUAGGGAAGCCUGGCGGCGUGUCGCUUUCCAAGAUAGAAAGAUCAACAGACCAGGUUAUCAAGCCGGUGAACAUGGAGGCAUUAUCUAAAUGGAUCGGGCACAUCCCGGGGGAUGUGCUGCAGGACAUGGCCCACAUCGCACCGAUGCUCGCCAGGCUCGGCUACGACCCCUACGCCAACCCACCCAACUACGGCCACCCCGACCCCUUAGUUGUCAACAACACGCACAGAGUUUUAAAGGGGGAUUAUAAAACGCCAGCCAAUUUGAAGGGUCAUCUGCAGGUGACUCAGAACACAUCAUCUUCUCACUAAGAAAAUUAAUGAUUUCCAGG